GUAUGGCUUAUUUAAUCCUUGAUGAACUUAUUAUUAUUUCUAUUCAGCGAGAUGCAGCUUAUACUUUCAGGAAUUUCUUGCUUGAUAUUCCUGAUCGUUUUCGAUGUUACAUUUUGUGAAAAAUGGGAAAAAGUCGUUUUGGACUACUCGAAUUCUACAGAAGCCAAUGUUGAGGAAGAUUUCAGCAGAAGCAUAUCGGAACUCUUGGUAAAAGUUGUAGGCCAUUUGAGAAAAACCGGUGGUGGUGAGGUUGAAGCUUUCUACGAAAUCAAACCCCCAAAAGGCGCCAAUAGAAGUCUACCCACAAACUUGGCUCAUUUGAUAGAAAAAACAAUUUCGGUUAUAGCUCCAUCCCUCACUUAUCGCAUAAGUUAUGGACAAUCAUCGGAACUGAGUUCUGAUGGACACAAAAUUAAACUACUCGAAUACAGUUUGACACUCUCAGAAAAACGUAUGAUCAAUGCGAAUAAGUCUUCCUCGACUAAACACAAUGAAGGUUCUGACAGAGCUUCAGGUGAAAACUCCACAUUUGAUUCUGGGGAGAGAGAAAGAUUCAACAAGCUUAAGAUAGAAAAUGAAGGAGACGGAAGUAAAAAUGAUAUCAUGAAGGGAGAGUCCAUCAAUUAUCAAUCAGGUCAGUCGAAAGGGAAUAAUAUUGACGUUGUUUUGAGAAUUACCCCAACUGAUAGUAAAAGCUCAAAAGGUAUGAAUAGUACGAAUGUAGGAAAUAAUGGAAAUAUAAAAAUAUCAGUAUUGGGUUAUCCAGCGACUAGGAAAAAUUUAAUGACGUCAAUUACAACAACCCCGUACAAAAAAGGGAACGCGACAUCAAGAGAACAAUAUUAUUCAUUCGGUGAUCAGAACUUUAAAAUCCAAAAACCGAUUAUAUCAUCUGAAAUUAUGGUAAAUGGGCAAUCUAGAGAAGAAAUGGAAAAUAUUGGUAUUGAAUCACCUGAAUCGAAUCCAGUAAACGGAAGAGCUAAGAGCGUAGUUAUUGGAAUCCCACAAGAAAAACUGAGAGAUUGGAAUCAUCAAAACCGAAGUAGGUAUAUAAGCAAUGAUCUACCUGGAAAUGAAAUGAAACUGAAAAUGGAGGGAAAACCUGAAGAGAUGGAACGAAAACUCAAGAAGAUGAAAGGAAAAUUGAAGGAGAUGGAAACGGAACCGCCGAAGAUAGAAACGAGUUCUGUUGAGAUCAAAAGGAAAAAUCCUGAGGAAGUAAAAGGUAGUUCUGAGAGAGCGGUCGCACGUUCAGAAGAGGAGGAAGGAAAAUCUGGAAAGAUAGAAGAAUAUCCGAAGAAGAUGAAAAAGAAUGAUGUUAUGUUGAAAGGAAUACCUCAGAAUAUAAAUGAAGAAUCUGUAGAAGUAAAAGGAAGCUCUGAGAGGCCGGACGCAAGUUCAGAAGUGGUGGAAGAAAAAUCUGAGAAGAUAGAAGAAUAUCCGAAGAAGAUGAAAAAGAAUGAUGUUAUGUUGAAAAGAAAACCUCAGAAUAUAAAUGAAGAAUCUGUAGAGGUAAAAGGAAGUCCUGAGAGGCCGGACGCAAGUUCAGAAGUCGUGGAAGAAAAAUUUGAGAAGAUAGAAGAAUAUCCGAAGAAGAUGAAAAAGAAUGAUGCUAUGUUGAAAUUAAUACCUGGGAAUAUAAAUGAAGAAUCUGUAGAGGGAAAGGGAAGCCCUGAGAGGCCAGACGCAAGUUCAGAAGUGGUGGAAGAAGAAUCUGAGAAGAUAGAAGAAUAUCCGAAGAAGAUGAAAAAGAAUGAUGUUAUGUUGAAAGAAAUACCUCAGAAUAUAAAUGAAGAAUCUGUAGAGGUAAAAGGAAGCCCUGAGAGGCCGGACGAGAGUUCAGAAGUGGUGGACGAAAAAUCUGUGAAGAUAGAAGAAUAUCCGAAGAAGAUGAGAAAGAAUGAUGUUAUUUUGAAAGGAAUACCUCAGAAUAUAAAUGAAGAAUCUGUAGAGGUAAAAGAAAGCCCCGAGAGGCCGGACGCAAGUUCAGAAGUGGUGGAAGAAAAAUCUGUGAAGAUAGAAGAAUAUCCGAAGACGAUGAGAAAGAAUGAUGUUAUGUUGAAAGGAAUACCUGAGAAUAUAAAUGAAGAAUCUGUAGAGGUAAAAGGAAGCCCUGGGAGGCCGGACGCAAGUUCAGAAGUGGUGGAAGAAAAAUCUGUGAAGAUAGAAGAAUAUCCGAAGAAGAUGAGAAAGAAUGAUGUAAUGUUGAAAGGAAUACCUGAGAAUAUAAAUGAAGAAUCUGUAGAGGUAAAAGGAAGCCCUGAGAGGCCGGACGAGAGUUCAGAAGUGGUGGACGAAAAAUCUGUGAAGACAGAAGAAUAUCCGAAGAAGAUGAGAAAGAAUGAUGUUAUUUUGAAAGGAAUACCUCAUAAUAUGAAUGAAGAAUCUGUAGAGGUAAAAGGAAUCCCUGAGAGGCCGGACGCAAGUUCAGAAGUGGUGGAAGAAAAAUCUGUGAAGAUAGAAGAAUAUCCGAAGAAGAUGAGAAAGAAUGAUGUAAUGUUGAAAGGAAUACCUGAGAAUAUAAAUGAAGAAUCUGUAGAGGUAAAAGGAAGCUCGGAGAGGCCAGACGCAAGUUCAGAAGUGGUGGAAGAAAAAUCUGUGAAGAUAGAAGAAUAUCCGAAGAAGAUGAGAAAGAAUGAUGUUAUGUUGAAAGGAAUACCUCAGAAUAUGAAUGAAGAAUCUGUGGAGGUAGAAGAAAGUCCUGAGAGGGCGGACGCAAGUUCAGAAGAGAAAGAAGGAAAAUCUAAGAAGAUAGAAAAAUACCCGAAAAAGAUGAAAAAAAAUUAUGUUAUGUUGAAAGGAAUGCCUGAGAAUAUAAAUGAAGAAUCUGUGGAGGUAGAAGAAAGUCCUGAGAGGGCGGACGCAAGUUCAGAAGAGGAGGAAGGAAAAUCUGGAAAUAAAGAAGAAUACCCGAAGAAGAUGAAAAAGAAUUAUGUAAUGUUUAAAGGAUCACCUGAGAAUAUAAAUGAAGAAUCUGUAGAGGUAGAAGAAAGUCCUGAGAGGGCGGACGCAAGUUCAGAAGAGAAAGAAGGAAAAUCUAAGAAGAUAGAAGAAUACCCGAAGAAGAUGAGAAAGAAUGAUGUUAUAUUGAAAGGAAUACCUCAGAAUAUAAAUGAAGAAUCUGUAGAGGUAAAAGGAAGCUCGGAGAGGCCGGACGCAAGUUCAGAAGUGGUGGAAGAAAAAUCUGUGAAGAUAGAAGAAUAUCCGAAGAAGAUGAGAAAGAAUGAUAUUAUGUUGAAAGGAAUACCUCAGAAUAUAAAUGAAGAAUCUGUAGAGGUAAAAGAAAGCCCCGAGAGGCCGGACGCAAGUUCAGAAGUGGUGGAAGAAAAAUCUGUGAAGAUAGAAGAAUACCCGAAGAAGAUGAAAAAGAAUUAUGUUAUGUUUAAAGGAUCACCUGAGAAUAUAAAUGAAGAAUCUGUGGAGGUAGAAGAAAGUCCUCAGAGGGCGGACGCAAGUUCAGAACAGAAAGAAGGAAAAUCUAAGAAGAUAGAAGAAUACCCGAAGAAGACGAAAAAGAAUUAUGUUAUGUUUAAAGGAUCACCUGAGAAUAUAAAUGAAGAAUCUGUGGAGGUAGAAGAAAGUCCUGAGAGGGCGGACGCAAGUUCAGAAGAGAAAGAAGGAAAAUCUAAGAAGAUAGAAGAAUACCCGAAGAAGAUGAAAAAGAAUUAUGUUAUGUUUAAAGGAUCACCUGAGAAUAUAAAUGAAGAAUCUGUGGAGGUAGAAGAAAGUCCUGAGAGGGCGGACGCAAGUUCAGAACAGAAAGAAGGAAAAUCUAAGAAGUUAGAAGAAUACCCGAAGAAGAUGAAAAAGAAUUAUGUUAUGUUUAAAGGAUCACCUGAGAAUAUAAAUGAAGAAUCUGUGGAGGUAGAAGAAAGUCCUGAGAGGGCGGACGCAAGUUCAGAACAGAAAGAAGGAAAAUCUAAGAAGAUAGAAGAAUACCCGAAGAAGACGAAAAAGAAUUAUGUUAUGUUUAAAGGAUCACCUGAGAAUAUAAAUGAAGAAUCUGUGGAUGUAGAAGAAAGUCCUGAGAGGGCGGACGCAAGUUCAGAAGAGAAAGAAGGAAAAUCUAAGAAGAUAGAAGAAUACCCGAAGAAGAUGAAAAAGAAUUAUGUUAUGUUUAAAGGAUCACCUGAGAAUAUAAAUAAAGAAUCUGUGGAGGUAGAAGAAAGUCCUGAGAGGGCGGACGCAAGUUCAGAAGAGAAAGAAGGAAAAUCUCAGAAGAUAGAAGAAUACCCGAAGAAGAUGAAAAAGAAUUAUGUUAUGUUUAAAGGAUCACCUGAGAAUAUAAAUGAAGAAUCUGUGGAAGUAAAAGAAAGUCCUGAGAGGGCGGACGCAAGUUCAGAAGAGGAGGAAGGAAAAUCUGGGAAGAAAGAAGAAUACCCGAAGAAGAUGAAAAAGAAUUAUGUUAUGUUUAAAGGAUCACCUGAGAAGAUAAAUGAAGAAUCUGUGGAGGUAGAAGAAAGUCCUGAGAGGGCAGACGCAAGUUCAGAAGAGGAGGAAGGAAAAUCUGGAAAGAAAGAAGAAUACCCGAAGAAGAUGAAAAAGAAUUAUGUAAUGUUUAAAGGAUCACCUGAGAAUAUAAAUGAAGAAUCUGUGGAGGUAAAAGAAAGUCCUGAGAGGGCGGACGCAAGUUCAGAAGAGGAGGAAGGAAAAUCUGGGAAGAAAGAAGAAUACCCGAAGAAGACGAAAAAGAAUUAUGUUAUGUUUAAAGGAUCACCUGAGAAUAUAAAUGAAGAAUCUGUGGAGGUAGAAGAAAGUCCUGAGAGGGCGGACGCAAGUUCAGAAGAGAAAGAAGGAAAAUCUAAGAAGAUAGAAGAAUACCCGAAGAAGAUGAAAAAGAAUUAUGUUAUGUUUAAAGGAUCACCUGAGAAUAUAAAUGAAGAAUCUGUGGAGGUAAAAGAAAGUCCUGAGAGGGCGGACGCAAGUUCAGAAGAGGAGGAAGGAAAAUCUGGGAAGAAAGAAGAAUACCCGAAGAAGAUGAAAAAGAAUUAUGUUAUGUUUAAAGGAUCACCUGAGAAUAUAAAUGAAGAAUCUGUGGAGGUAGAAGAAAGUCCUGAAAGGGCGGACGCAAGUUCAGAAGAGGAGGAAGGAAAAGCUGGGAAGAUAGAAGAAUACCCGAAGAAGAUGAAAAAGAAUGAUGUUAUGUUGAAAGGAAUACCUGAGGAUUUGAAUGAAGAAUCUGUGGAGGUUGAAGGAAGUCCUGAGAGGGCAUAUCCAAAUUAUAGAGCUGUUAAAAAAAUGGAUGGGGACAAACAAAGACCUAAAAAGGAUUAUGGUAUAAAAGCACGAUCAGCAUUGAAAUAUUCGGUCCAACAUCAGAUACCAGAGGAUGUGGUACCAAAAAAACCUGAUUCAAGUGGGCCCAAACAAAGACCUGAUGAAAACGAUUAUGAUAAGGUAACACGAUCAAGAUCGAAAUAUUUAGUCCAAAAUCCAAGACCAAAGGAAAAUUCUUCCAAACUUCCAGAAGCAAUGGAUAAAGACCAGAUUCCAGAUAGAAAGAAUUCAAAAGGAAAGAUGAAUAAACUUAAAUGGGUUAGAAAUCCCUCAUUCGAAGAGAAUUGGAAGAGUUUAUUGAAAGCAGGUCUAGGGAAUGAUGAGGAUGUGGCAUCAAAAAAACCUGAAUCAGAGGGGCGCAAACAAAGACCUGAUGAAAACGAUUAUGAUAAGGUAACACGAUCAAGAUCGAAAUAUUCAGUCCAAAAUCCGAGACCAAAGGAAAAUUCUUCCAAACUUCCAGAAGCAAUCGAUAAAGACCAGAUUCCAGAAAGAAAGAAUUCAAAAGGAAUGAUGAAUAAACUUAAAUGGAGUAGAAAUCCCUCAUUCAAAGAGAAUUGGAAGAGUUUUUUGAACGCAGAUCAAGGGGAUGAUGAGGUUGUGGCUACAAAAAAACCUGAAUCAGAGGGUAAGAAAAAAACAGAAAAAAUAAAAGUUUCAGAUUCGACUGCAAAUAACAAAGAGGUUGAUAACGUAGUAUCCCCAAAACCGAAACAUCGAGUUUUUUAUAAAAAGAAACCUGGAAAUAGAAAUAAUAACUUGGCGUCAAGAAAUGUCAAUCCUUCUUCGAAAAGGACCAUGAAAGAUUCCUUAAUUCCCACUCAUGUUGAAUCAACAGAAAUGAAAUUUCGAACAGUUCAGGAUUCAGACGAAAUAAUAGAUAACCUCAGUGAGGAUUCGGAAGAAUCGAAAUAUUCUAGUAAAGUUUGGAAGAGUAAGAAGAAAUAUAAGGAAUCAGCAAAUAAAUUGCCUCCAUCCAGUAAAAAAUCUGUAAUCGAUAGGUUAAAACCGAAGAGAAAUUAUAAAGAUUCAAGAUAUCUACUUAGCAAACCAAAUUUGAAACAUGCAUCUGGGGAAUUUCCUGCUGAAAAUUCAAAAUAUAAGAUUGCUGGGCGAAAAUCUAGCGCGAAAUCCAUGGAAUUGUCUGCUGAAGUAGUAUCAUUACGCACAAAAUAUUCAGGAAAUAGACAAAAUUCUAUGGAAUCAACCGAUGAAGAGGAGGAAAAUGAGGAUAAAUCUUCUGAAAAGUACUUCUCUGCUAGACCGAUUAGAAUCGUAAGCUCGACUAAAUCCCUUAAAAAACCCUUAAUAGCUGAGUUGAUACGCGAUCUGGACAUGGAAGAGUUUGACGAAGAUGCCCCUAACAGUGUUUUGUUCACGUUCAAAAUACCCAAACGGACGAUGAAGAACACUGAAAUGAACCAAAUAAUAGAAGACAUCAAUUUGGAGUUGCAAGAUAUGGAGCCAGCAUCUACAAUAUACCCAGCCCACUUUGUUGUGAACAAUGAUAAUGAUAUUUCCAUAAAGAUACUGGUAGAUUUACCUCCGGUCAGAUCAAUGGCAGUUCUUAAGAGCCUCGAAAGAUUUCCAAAUAUUAAGGACGACUAUAUGGAAAUCACCAAUUUGGAUGACGUCACGUCGAAAAUUGAUGAAGAACUGGAAUACGAGCUUUAUAUGUCGAGGAUUGUUGAUAGUGGAAAUAAAAUUCCUCUGCAAUUACGUUUCAAAAUUAAGAAUAAGAGAGGAACUUUACCUGCUUUCUUGAAGAUAGUAAAUCAGCAUCUAAGUACAAUACCGGGCGUCAGAGUGAGGGGUUACGGAUCUAAAAAAAUAGGCAAAAAAUGGAGAAUUUGCACAAUCAGGUUAUUCGUUGAAUAUUCCACGGAGCAAGCCCACAAAGGUUUGAAAGCCGCACCGGAAAAGAAAGCGAUCAAGAAAAGAUACAAUGGACCCUUUGAUUGGGACUGGACAAUUUUCUGAUUUUAACUUCCAAAGACCUCUAUAUUUAAGUUAAAUUAUUAUAUGUAUCUAUUGAAAGGAAUAAACUUUCUAAAACACAA